AAGAGUAGGAGUCUUGCACCUUAAGAGCCCGCCUUUUUCGACAAAUAAAGGUCGUAGCCGCCGAAUCCACGGGCGGAGCUAAAUUUAUCACGAUUAAUGCUGUCGUAGGACCACCCAAAGUGGAGCCCCACGUAGCAAGAAGAUGACCCGAAGUUGCUCGGCAGUUGGCUGCAGCACCCGGGACACCGUGCUGAGCCGGGAGCGCGGCCUCUCCUUCCACCAAUUUCCAACUGAUACCAUACAGCGCUCAAAAUGGAUCAGGGCUGUUAAUCGUGUGGACCCCAGAAGCAAAAAGAUUUGGAUCCCAGGACCAGGUGCUAUACUAUGUUCCAAACAUUUUCAAGAAAGUGACUUUGAGUCAUAUGGCAUAAGAAGAAAGCUGAAAAAAGGAGCUGUGCCUUCUGUUUCUCUAUACAAGGUUCUUCAAGGUGUACACCUUAAAGGUAAAGCAAAACAGAAAAUCCUAAAACAGCCACUUCCUGAUAAUUCUCAAGAGGUUGCUACUGAGGACCACAACUACAGUUUAAAGAGACCUCUGACAAUUGGUGCAGAGAAACUGGCUGAGGUGCAACAGAUGCUACAAGUGUCCAAAAAAAGACUGGUUUCUGUGAAAAACUACAGGAUGAUCAAGAAGAGAAAGGGCUUACGACUAAUUGAUGCACUUGUCGAAGAGAAACUACUUUCUGAAGAAACAGAGUGUCUGCUACGAGCACAGUUUUCAGAUUUUAAGUGGGAAUUGUAUAACUGGAGAGAAACAGCUGAGUACUCCACAGAAAUGAAACAGUUUGCAUGUACACUCUACUUGUGCAGUAGCAAAGUCUAUGAUUAUGUAAGAAAGAUUCUCAAGCUGCCUCAUUCUUCCAUCCUCAGGACAUGGUUAUCCAAAUGCAAACCCAGUCCAGGCUUCAACAGCAACAUUUUUUCUUUUCUUCAGCGAAGAGUAGAGAACGGAGACCAGCUCUACCAGUAUUGUUCACUGAUAAUAAAAGGCAUAUCUCUCAAGCAACAACUUCAGUGGGACCCCAGCAGUCACCAUUUGCAAGGGUUUAUGGACUUUGGCCUCGGCAUACUUGAUGCUGAUGAAACGCCCCUUGCGUCCGAAACUAUUUUGUUAAUGGCCGUGGGUAUUUCUGGUCACUGGAGAACGCCUCUUGGUUAUUUUUUUGUUAACAGGGCAUCUGGAUAUUUGCAGGCUCAGCUGCUUCGUCUUACCAUUGGCAAACUAAGUGACAUAGGGAUCACGGUUUUGGCCGUCACCUCUGAUGCUACAGCUCACAGCGUUCAGAUGGCAAAAGCGUUGGGAAUACAUAUUGACGGAGACAACAUGAAGUGUACAUUUCAGCAUCCCUCAUCUUCUAGUCAACAGAUUGCAUACUUCUUUGAUUCUUGCCACUUGCUCAGAUUAAUAAGAAAUGCAUUUCAGAAUUUUCAAAGCAUUCAGUUUAUUAAUGGCACGGCACAUUGGCAGCACCUUGUGGACUUAGUAGCCCUGGGGGACCAGGAAUUAGCAAACAUAGAAAAACUCCCAAGAAAACUUGCAAAUUUGAAAAACCACGUGCUGAAGACUAACUGUGCUGCCCAACUGUUCAGUGAGAGUGUGGCCAGCGCGUUGGAGUGCUUGCUAUCGUUAGGCCUGCCUCCUUUUCAAAACUGUAUUGGUACCGUCCAUUUUUUACGCUUAAUUAACAACCUGUUUGACAUUUUUAAUAGUAGGAACUGUUAUGGAAAGGGACUUAAAGGACCUCUACUGCCUGAAACUUAUAGUAAAAUUAAUCGCGUGUUAAUUGAAGCCAAGACAAUCUUUGUUACAUUAUCUGACGCUAGCAAUAAUCAAAUAAUUAAAGGUAAGCGAAAACUAGGAUUCCUGGGAUUUUUGCUUAAUGCUGAGAGCCUAAAAUGGCUCUAUCAGAAUUACAUUUUCCCAAAGGUCAUGCCUUUUCCAUAUCUUCUGACUUAUAAAUUCAGUCAAGAUCAUCUGGAAUUAUUUCUCAAGAUGCUUAGACAGGUAUUAGUAACCGGUUCUAACCCUACCUGUAUGGCAUUCCAGAAAGCUUACCAUAAUUUGGAGACCAGAUACAGAUCACAAGACGAAGCCUUUCUAAGUGAAGUAAGCAUCCUUGACAUUUCAAUUGCUCGAAGGACAGACUUGGCCCUUUGGACCGUUCAGCGUCAGUAUGGCGUCAGCGGCAUAAAGACUCUUUUUCACAAAGAGGAUAUUUGCCGAGACUGGUCUAAUUGUUCGCUAAGUGAGGCGUUACUAGAUCUGUCAGAUCACAGGCAAAAACUCAUCUGUUGUGCCAGUUAUGUUGCAAAUAAGUUAUCAGCUCUUUUAACUUGUGAGGAGUGCAUCAGUGCACUGUAUGCAUCAGAUCUCAAGGUUGCUAAAAUUGGGUCACUGUUGUGUGUUAAAAAGAAGAAUGGUUUACAUUUCCCUUCACAAAGUCUUUGUCAAGUCAUAAAUAUUUGUGAGCGAGUUGUAAGAACCCAUUCAAGAAUGACAGUCUAUGAACUACUUCCUAAACAGAGAGAAUUGUAUCUUCAGCAGAAAAUAUUAUGUGAGCUUUCUGGGCAUAUUUAUCUUUUUGUAGAUUUAGAUGAGCAUCUCUUUGACGGAGAAGUGUGUGCCAUCAAUCACUUUGUAAAGUUACUAAAGGAUAUAAUAAUCUGUUUCUUAAAGAUCAGAGGUAAAGAUGCAGCUCAGUACCCUUUAAAACACCAUUCAGAAAGAAUUGAAAUGAAAACUUUGCCAAGAACACACUGGUCAUCAUUACAGGAUUACAGAUGUUCAAGUUUUGCUAAUACCAAUAAAUGCAGGCAUUUGUUAAGUAAUGAUGGAUAUCCAUUCAAAUGAGGGACCUAAAAUAUAUUAAAAUUUUCAUGAAAAAUUAUUGGUCAACAUUUAAAGUUCAACCUACCAUAUUUUAUAAAUUGACCAUUCUGCACAGUUGACAAGUUUGUAAUACUAGGAUUUCUAAUUAUGCGUAUUAUAAAAUCUGCUUGUACUUGGUGUGGUUUGCAACAUUUCAGUUACUCGGAAUGUUACUCGGAAUGUAGAACGCAGUUAAGUCAGUAGGAACAGACCAGCCAACAGAUGCUGCCUUUGAAUAUACUACUAUAAGACUGAGUAGUGUGACUGGACAUACUUUUUAACUUGUUCAGUCUACUUUAAAACAAGAGAGAAUAACAACAACUAAGAGUCAUUAAAACAUUGACUUCUUUUAUAAAUAGACUACAUUCCCUAAAAGAGCUUUGGUUUACAGCUCUUAAGAAUGUUGACAGGAAAAAAAAAAAAAAGGAAUAUAAAACCUUGGAUGUAAUUUUUACUUACAUGUGAAAAUCUAGAAAAUCUUACAUGUGGUUUGAAAAUUAGGCUGAGUUAAAAUAUCAAAUACCACAAAAUCCCUUUGCCAGGGUACCCUAAAAUGGGAAUACUUAGGCUUUAUCGGGCAGAAGGUAAGCACAUGUGCCAUGAGAUGGUUCCGUGUGCUGCAGCGAAGUUGGGGAAUGUACUCUGAGAAGUAAAUAGGGGAUGUCAUUUUCACAAUCCAUUGUCCUUGGACUUCAAAAUACUACUUUUGAAUAAUAGAGUGGAUACUUACUUGACUCCACUGGAAGAGCCCAAUGCUCAUCAGAGAAUGAGGAGAAGCCUUAUUUCAAGCUCUUCUGAAGUGUCCUUGUGUUUUGCAGGGAGGCUGAAAUAUAUUUUCAGUGUUGAAUGAAUAAAGGGACUUCACACCAUCCAAUUAAUAAAGUAGAAAAAGAUGGGCAGUUGAGACAGUGGUUAUGAAAAUAUUUGUCUUAAUUAUAUGAUUAGUUUUUUCAGAAAUUUAGGAGAAGCUUAAAUGAUCUGAAGAUGGAAACAUACCUAAGGACAAUUUUCUCCAUUCUGUCACACCCAGACUUGAAAAGAUGAGUAGAAAAACGUAGGUAUAUGUUGUACUUUCACAUAUGAGGAGUGUUUUAAAUGGAUAAAAGAAGAAACAAGCGCAUGAUUCCCCUAUGUGUGUAAAACAUCUACUCUUUGUAUGUGAAUAGUCAUGAAGUAUAAUUAAUAUGAAAACUUAAAAUUGCAAAAGAUUAAUGACUAGACAAAACUUGAGUUUUAUUAACUGAAAUUCUCCUUAAAUUAUAUAUUUUGAUAUAUUUGUUUUGUUCUACCUCAAACAAAGGUUUAAGUUUGGAGAUGUAACCAGAGUUGUACUAAAUUUUAUGUAAGAGCUAUCGCUGAGAAGUCUCAAUAGUGUGGGUUGUAUUUGCAAUAGAAUUUUAGAUACACCAGGAUGAAUCGUAUUUAAAAGAAUCCUACUUGUAAAUCACCACCUUUAACUUAUUGCUUAUAUAAAUCCCAAGUUUUGUCCAGAUCUUUACUUAAAACUAGGUUUAUAUCUGUAGGUGUCUCAUGUUCUUUGCUGUUGCAUUUUACUAAUGUACUAGUAUAUUCUGUAGUUUAAUUAGUGUUUUGCACUAUUUGAAUGCUGGAUAAAUUGGACAAAUAUUGACAACAGGAAUAUUUCCUUUACUGCCUUUUUAAAAUUUUUUUAACGUUUUUAUUCAUUUUUGAGAGACAGACUGUGAGCAGAGUGGGGCAGAGAGAGGGAGGGAGACACAGAAUCCAAAGUAGGCUCCAGGCUCUGAGCUGUCAGCACAGAGCCCGACGCAGGGCCUGAACCCAUGAACUGUAAGAUCGUGACCUGAGCUGAAGUCCGACCCUUAACUGACUGAACCACCCAGGCACCCCUCCUUCACUGCCUUUAACAGUUAAUUGCUCUUGCCUUAGUGAAAGUAUUUCUUUUUUUUUUUUUUAAUUUUUUUUUUAACGUUUUAUUUAUUUUUGAGACAGAGAGAGACAGAGCAUGAAUGGGGGAGGGUCAGAGAGAGGGAGACACAGAAUCGGAAACAGGCUCCAGGCUCUGAGCCAUCAGCCCAGAGCCCGACGCCGGGCUCGAACUCAUGGACCGCGAGAUCGUGACCUGAGUCGAAGUCGGACGCUUAACCGACUGAGCCACCCAGGCGCCCCUUAGUGAAAGUAUUUCAAGUCUGAUAUCAAGUUUACUUAACAUGAUAUGCUUUAUGGCGAAUUUUUAAAAUAAAUUAUUCAUAUUUGAUGAGGGUAAUUUACUUUAUAAUUUCCACUUAGCACCUUUGUCCUUUUUUCGUCAGAGAAAAACAUUCUCUUUUAGAAAUUUAUCCUUCCUAUGUUUCAACACAUAGAGCAGGAACAACUGGAUAUCCACAUGCAAAAGUAUUAACUCUAAAUGGGUCAAAGACCUAAAUGUAAUAGGUAAAAAUAUAAAACUCUUAGAAGAAAAGAGAGCAAAUCUUUGAGACUUAGAUUAGGCAAUAGUUUCUUAAAUAUGACACCAAAAACAUGAACAACAAAAAAAAAAUUGGACUUCACCAAAAAAACUACAAAAAAACUUUUACUUCGGAGGACGCUGUCAAGAGACAACCCACAGAAUGGGAGAAAAUUUUUACUACUCACACAUCUGAUAAAGGACUUGUAUCUAGGAUAUACAGAGAACUCCUAUAACUCAAUAAUGAAGGACAAAUAACCCAGUUUGAAAAAUGGGUAAAGAAUGUAAAUAGACACUCUUCAGAGGAGAUAAUACAAAUGGCCUAUAAAAACAUGAAUAUGUGCCCAACAUCAUAAACCAUCUGGGAAAUGCAAAUCAAAACCACACUGAGGUAUCACUUUACACCCACUAGGAUGGUUAUAGUAAGAAAGUUAAUAGCAAGUGUUGACAAGAAUGUGGAGAAAUUGAAACCCUCUUACACUGUUGGUGGGAAUACAGAUGCUUUGGAAAACAGCUUGGCAGCUCUUCAAAAGGUUGAACAGAGUUACCAUAUCACCUAGCAGUUCUACUGACAGGCAUAUAUAUAAUAUAUCCAAGAGAAAUAAAAACAUGUUCAUGUAAAAAUUUGUACACAAAUUUCAUAUUAUUAUAGCUACAAAGUGAAAAAACCGAAAUGUCCAACUGAUGGAUAAGUAAAAAUGUGUUGUAUCCAUACAAUGGGUAACAUAGUAAGUAUAUAUUAUGCUUUAUGACAAACUGCCAGAACUCUUUUUGUGAAAUAACUUCACCACUCUGCAUUCCAAUCAGGAAAUGUAUGAAACUUCCAGUUCCUCUCCUUUCUUCCCAGUACUUGGUAUGGCCAGGGUUUAGUUUUGAAUUAGCCAUUCUAAUAGGUGUGCAGUAAUAUUUCACUGUGGCUUUCAUUUCCAUUUUCCUAAUGGCUAAUGAUGCUGAGCAUCUUUUCAUAGGAUUAUUUGCCAUCCACAUAAUCUCAGGUGAAAGGUCUGUUGAAGUCUUUUGCCCCUCUUUUGGAAGGUUGGUUUUUUUUUUAUUGAGUGUUAAUUAUAUAUUCUGGAUAGAAGUGCAUUAUCUAAUGUGUUUUGCAAAUAUUUUCUGCCAGUCUGUGGCUUUUCUUAUUGUGUUUCGAAGGGCAGACAAUUUUGAAAAAUGCAUUUUAUCAGUUUUUAUCUUUUAGGGAUACUUCUUAGUUUCAUAUCUAAGAAAACGUUGCCUAACCCAAAGCUACAGAUUUUUCUUCUCAUGUUAUCUUCUAGGUAUUUGGUCGCUUUAGGUUUUUCAUUUUUAGGUUAUGAUCCAUUUUCAGUUCAUUCUGGUCUUUGGUAGAAGUUGAGAUUCAUAUUUUACAUAUGGAUAUCCCAGCAGUGUUUGUUAAAAAGAUUAUUGUUCCCUGAAUUACCUUUGAGCCUUUGUAAGAAAUUGACCACAUAUAUAUGGGUCUACUUCUGGGCUCUGUUCUGUUCCAUUGAUCCAUUGGUCUAACAUUUCACCAGUACCACAGUGACCUGAUGAGCCUUGAAGUCAAGUAGGAGUUUCACCUUUGUUCGUUAUUCAGAAAUGUUUGGCUGUUCUAAUUGUACCUUUCUCUAUAUAUUGUUUAAUCAGCUUGUUGAUUUUUUACAAAGAUUCCUGCUGGGAUUUUGGCUGGAGCUUUGGGGAAUCUAAAGAUCAAUUUGGAGAGAAGUGAUAUCUUCAUAGUAUCCAAUGUUCCAAUUCACAAACAUGGUAGAUCUCUCCUUUUUUAAGGUCUUCUCUGAUUUUAUCAAUGUUUUCUACACUUCACCUACAGAUCUUGUAUAUAUCUGUUACAUUUCACAUUUUGUGGUGCUACUAUGCUAAUUGUAAAAAUUUGUUUCUAAAUGUUCGUUGCUACUAUGUAAAAAUACAAUUUUACAUAUUGACUUUGCUUAAACUCACUUUUUCUAGCUUUUUUUCUUUAAAGAUUACUGACUUUUGUAUAUAGGCAGUCACAUUGACCAGUAGACACUGUCUUAUUUCCAAUCUGUGCUCCCUUGCUUACUAUACAGUAACCUCCAAUACAAUGUUGUAGGAGUGUCUUGUUCCUAGUCUAGCAGGGGAAACAUUCAGUCUUCACCAUUCAUAUGAUAUUAGCUGUAGGCUUUUUAGUAAAUGGUCUUUUCAGGUUGAGAAUCCUUUCUCUUCCUGGUGUGCUGAACAGUUUGUGUGUGUGUGUGUGUGUGUGUGUGUGCACAUUUCAGUCAUAAGUGGGUCUUGAAUUUUGUCAUAAUUUUUCUGUACCUUUUAACUUUUUUGGAAAAAUAUUUGAGCUAUAAUAUACAUAUUGUAAUAUUAACCCUUUUAAAGUUCAGUAGUUUUUAGUAUAUUCAAAAGGUUCUCUGCAACUUUUACGAUCAUACAGUUUUACUUCUUUUUUAUAUCCAUGCAGUGAGUUACAUUAUUUUUGAAUGUUGUCAACUUUUUAUUCCGGAGAUAAACCCAACCUGGUCAUGAUGCAUUCUUUUUAUCUAUUGCUAGACUUCAUUUGAUAAUAUAAUCAGGGAGUUAAAUGUCUCUGGCCUUAUAGUAAAUAUUACCCUGAAUAUAUUUUCUUAAUGCUUUUGAGAAAAAAAAAAUGCCUUAAAUGCUUUCAUAAAACUAUUUAAAAAUUACAAUUAAAAAAAAAAAGCCCUUAUACCUUUCAUUUUAUAAAGUCAUUUGGAUCAUAAAAACCUCACAUUUGGUCUAUAGAUAAUGACAAAAUCUGCAUUAAGGAAACACACAGACACACACAGCCCUAAGUAAUUGACACAGUAGAAAAUAACUCCAAUAGUAAAGGCUUUCUAUAGCUGAUUGGCUUCCUUCUCCUUUGGGUUGCUGCUACGGAAUUUCUACAGAAAAUGCUGAAAAGGGAUGCAACAUGAUGGUAGAGAUCCUAGUUUGAAGCUGCGUUUACAUAACAAGUAUUCUCUUAGCUGUUUGUUACAGAACAAUAAAAGUGGAAAACUUUUCUAAA